CGGUUACUCUACUUCUACUGCUGCUAGUUGCUGCUUGGUGUAUAUCUAAUAGUGGCAUUGUCACUUCUCUGAUCCACGCGAUGGGGUCAAUUCUCGGUGACUUGCCCUCUUACGACCCCCAUAAUUUCAGUCAAAUUCGACCCUCAGAUCCUUCAAAAUCAUCCAAAAUGACGCCUGUCACUUACCAUCCUACUCAUGAUCGGACGCUUCCACCGCCUGACCAAGUGAUCUCUUCUGAAGCAAAAAAUAUACUUUUGAGGCACUUCUAUGCGCGCUCUGAAGAGAAGCUGAGAUCAAAGAGAGGUGCUUCUGAGACUGAGAGUCUGACACCAGAGCAAGUCCGAAAACAUCCCAGAUCUUCUACGUCCGAUGCUCGUCUCUAAUGUUUUUCAUUCCACCUGAGUAAAGUAGUUUUCUCUUGCACCCAUUGUACAUAUUGUCAUCGAUGUAUAGAAGUGUGUGCUGAGAGCUAAGAGAUUACAUGCUUGCUUCCUUUUGUAAUAUAUGUUGUAAAAUAUAACUAGGUAUGUACAUUUCGAUAAAGAGUUCUUUUUCA